AUGGCAGAUAUAAAGCCCCCAUUUACAGAGGAAUCUGCGCGGAAAAAGGUAAAAGCCGCACAGGACUUGUGGAAUACCCAAGAUCCUGCACGAGUCUCGGUGGCAUAUACCCCUGACACAGUCUGGCGCAAUCGGGACACUUUCAUCAAGGGUACCGAUGCGGUCAGGGACUUUCUAACCAAGAAAUGGCAAAAAGAAAAGUCCUAUCGACUGCGCAAAGAGCUAUUCGCCUUCACGGAGAACCGCAUCGCCGUGCAAUUCUGGUAUGAGUAUCAAGAUUCCACUGACGGGAUGAAGUGGAAGAGGUGCUAUGGACUGGAAGACUGGACCUUUGACUACGAGACGGGCAAAAUGCGAAAGCGCCAAAUGUCAGGGAAUGAUAUUGUCCUUGGGCCCAAUGGAAAUGGAGAGGGUCGGUGGUUUGUCGACGGAAUUAAGGUGGAGGAAGCAACCAUCACAGAAGAACAUUGGUAA